AUGAUGUCAAGAGGAAAAAAACUAGUAUCUUUAGUGGCCGUAAAUUGUGAAAAGGUUUCUGAAAAUGAACAAAGUUCACAUGCAGGCCUGGUAGAUAUUCAAGAAAUUCAAUCUACAUCUUAUAACAACGCGGAUGCUAUAGACCUUCAUCAUUCACAAAUUCAUGAUGGUCCGGGUAACGAAACGUUCUUCAAUACUCUCAUUAAAUCUACGGCAUGCUGUUCUAAAUACCAAAAAGGCGAAGAUUCUGAUGAUAAUGUUGAAACAGAAUUGGAAAGUUUAUUUGGAGAUGUUUCCGAUGCUGACGACCCAACUUAUCGCCUGCCAAUUUUCUCUCACCAACUGGAAAACGAAAAUUCCAACAAUCUUGUAACAUUAGAAGAUUUACUAGGAAACAAAGAAAAUUUUAAUGCUGAAAAGUUUGAUGUCGAGCACAUACAGAACAAUAUUGAAGUUUUUGACCAAGGUUAUGAACAACAUCGCGAAAUUACAGCUAUAAUUGAAGAUAUUUUGGAUGAGGUUUUUAAAAAAGCUUGGUUACUUAUUGAACCGUUAAAAAGAUGGCGAAAAUCAGACCCAAGCAGUUGGGCUCGUAAUGUAGUUAAGAAAAGACGAGCAGAUGGUUUGCCUUAUAAAUCCAAAGCUAACAUCAGACCAGCUAAGGUACCAAAAGAGAUAGAUUGCUCCAAGUGUCCAUUUAAGUGUACUGAUGUCUUUGAUACUACUGAUAGAGAUAAGUUUUGUAGAUUCUUUUGGAACUUAGAUUUUCUGGGCAGAAAGAAUUUUAUUUUAGCCAAUGUUACCAUUCAAAUGCCAAAAAGAGUUCUCUCUGUGCGUAAUCGACGUCGUCCAGAAAAAAAAUAUACAAAGAAGUGUUUCUUUACUAAACAAAAUUUAAAAAAACAGGUAUGUCAGAAAUUUUUUUGUAAUACUUUAAUUAUUUCUCCUGCAGUAAUAACUGAUGCAAUCAAUAAACGGAAUGACAUGAACUGUUUUGAUGUAAAUGACCAAAGAGGUGCACACGAACCAGUUAAUAAAACGAAACCUGACAUUAUCCAAGGAAUAAAAAAACACAUCGAAUCAUUUCCUUGUAUGGAAGCCCAUUAUAGUAGAAAAGACACCAAACGUAGGUAUUUAGAUAAAAAUCUUAAUAUUCGAAGGAUGUAUUUAUUGUACAAAGAUGAGUGUUUAAAAAAUGGUUCUGAGCCAGUUUCUGAAAUAACAUACCGUAGAAUAUUUUCAAAAGAGUAUAAUCCGAGUUUUUUCGUGCCCAGGAAAGAUCAAUGCUUAAUAUGCACUAAUCAUGCUAAAGCAGAUACAGAGAAAAAAAGAGAACUUGAAGAUGACUACCUAGCUCACCAAGAAAGAAAGAAAAUUUGCAAUCGAGAAAAAGAGAAGGAUAAAGUUAGAUCAAACACAGAUGAGCAUUUUAGCUCUGUAACAUUUGAUUUGCAAGCAGUACUUCAAAUACCUGCCAGCGACGUAGGUCUGCUCUAUUAUUCAAGAAAGUUGUGUGUAUACAACCUCACAAUCUACGAAGCAGCUCUACCCAAUAAUGCCUUUUGUUUUACAUGGUCAGAGGUAAAUGGAAGGAAAGGCAGUUCUGAAAUUGGAACCAUAUUAUUACACUACCUUUUAAAUUGUGUCUGUGAUAAUGUUACAGAAAUUAGCUUAUUUUCAGACACUUGUGGUGGCCAAAACCGAAACCAAUUUGUGGCUGCUUUGCUUCUUUGGGCAGUCCAAAAAAUUGACCACCUUAAAGUCAUAGAACAAAAGUUUUUAGAAUCUGGGCACACGCAAAUGGAAGCAGAUUCUAUGCACAGUAGUAUAGAAUUUGCAAAAAAAAAUUACCUCUGUUUUUUCCAUGAUGGAAUGGAUUUCUAUUUUCAAACGUGCUAG